AUGUCAAAGCAAUUUAGUAAAUGGGGAACUAAUUUGAUGGAUGGUCAACACCUUCAUGUGAGGUGUAUGGCUCAUAUAGUCAACCUCAUUGUUCAAGAUGGCUUGAAAGAAGUUGGAGAUUCUGUGAGACGAGUUAGACAAGCUAUAAGAUAUAUUAGACAAUCUCCUGCAAGGCUAAAAAAAAUUCAAAGACGGUGGAAUUCUACCUACUUAAUAUUAAGAACUGCAUUGGAAUUUGAAAAUACUUUUAUAAGUUAUGGUAUUCAUGAUCCUGGACUGUUGGAACAUCUUCUUACCCAUGUUUGUGAAGAUGGAAAGGAUGUAGGUGCAUUGACAAGUGGUGAUUGGGAAAAUGUGAGAAAAAUGGAGAAGUUUCUUGAACCUUUUUAUAAUCUUACCUUGAGAGUUUCAAGUUCACUAUAUGUCACUUCAAAUGUCCAUUUUCAUGAAAUAGUUGAGCUUGCUUGUGUUUUAAAGUUGUUGGCAGAUAAUGAUGACAUUUCUUUGGCUAUGAUGGCAAAAAGGAUGAAAGCUAAAUUUGAUAAAUAUUGCAGUGCUCCGGAAAAAAUGAAUAAGAUGAUUUUUAUUGCUUGUGUACUUGAUCCUCAUUUCAAAUUUGAUUAUGUGGCUUUUGUGCUUUUGAGAAUGUAUGGACAAGAGAAAGGAGAGAAAAUAAGAGAUGAAGUAAAGUUGUAUAUGACUACUUUAUUUGAAGAAUAUAGGAAGGUCACUUCAAAAAUCUCUCAAGGAUCAUCCACUAGCAGAGUUGAGCCAUCAGUUAUAAACAUUGAAAGUCUUCACAAAAGAACACUAAUACAACAAGAAUACUUAAGGCAUAAGGCUGAAAGUGGAAAUAUGGAUGCUAAGACUGAGCUAGAUAGGUAUCUUGAUGAUGAUGUUGAGGUUGCAAAUGAACAUUUUGAUAUUUUGCUUUGGUGGAAAGUUAACUCUUCCAAAUUUCCUACUUUAGCUGAGAUGGCUCAUGAUGUGUUAGCGAUUCCUAUUUCUACUGUGGCAUCGGAAAGUAUUUUUAGCACAGGGAGAAGUGUUCUUGAUUCAUUUAGAAGUUCAUUAACUCCUCGAUUAGUGCAAGCUCUCAUUUGUCUUCAAGAUUGGUUCAAAAAAGAAACUUCACCCAUUAAAGUAGAAGAAGACUUGGAUUAUCUUGAAGAGAUUGAAUCUGAUUUGAAUAGUGUUUGA